AUGAAGAGCAUUGGGGUCAGCAAGAAAAAGGAAAAGCCGUCCGCGCCCCACCCGGACUUAAAGCCCCUGGGGGGGGACGGUGCUCCCCCCAUGUACACAAAAGAGGAGCUCAGCGCCGCCACCAACAACUUCAAGCACAAGCUCGGUGAAGGGGGGUUCGGUGCGGUGUACAAGGGGUACCUCAAGGUGGAGGGCGGUGCGGAGGCGGCUGAGUCGCUGGGCGUGGACCUGAGCGCGGUUGUAGACGGGGAGAUUCCUGUGGCUGUUAAGAUGUGCGCUGCUAAGGUUCUGAGCGCACGGGAACAACUGAUGACGGAGAUGAUGGUGAUGGGCAAGCUACGCCACCCCAACAUCCUGCGCCUGCUGGGAGCGUGCAUAUCAGACGACAGCAUGGCCAUGAUCUACGAGUUCAUCCCCUGCGGGGACGUGCAUGAACUGCUGGAGGACGCGCGAGCGGGCAAGGAGGAGUUUAAGUUUGCGGACCGAAUGAAGGUGGCCAUGGGGUGUGCGGAGGCCUUGGCAUUCAUCCACGGACAGGAGUAUGUUCACCGCGACUUCAAGGCUCCUAACGUGCUGCUGGCCGAGGGGCUGUCCCCGCGAGUGGCGGAUUUCGGCCUGGCAAGGAUAGUGGAGAACUGGAAAGACCACGUAACGACGAGAGUGAUGGGGUCGCGGGGAUACAUCGACCCUGAAUACUUUGAGUCAGGCUACCUGAACGAACACUGUGACACCUUUGCUUUCGGCAUUUUCCUGAUCGAGCUCGCCACGGGGCACUCAGUCCUGGAGCCCACGUUCGAGGAGGUGGUGAACCGUUCUGUGCGGUCGGAAGCGGUGGAUCUGGGUGCCAUCAUGGACCCGCGCCUGCAGGGGCAGUGGACCGAGGAGCAAGCGAGGGCGCUGCAGCAAGUGGCGAAGGUGUGUGUGACGACGGAUUGGGACAACCGGCCGACCAUGGAUACUGUGGUUGAGAUGAUGCAGGGUGUGAUGGGAUAA